CCUUGUGGUAUCAGGGCCCUUCCUUUCCAGUGAAUAGUUGUAAGAGGAAGGUCCCAUUGGUCCCUAAGACCUUCCACUUUAGUUGGUUCUCCAGGUCUGCCUUUGAGUGUUGGCGCCAUUUAUUGAAGGUUUUCUGUGUCCCAAGCACUGAGUAAGGCCAGGUUCUGAUUGCCGGGGGCUCCUGGUCUCCUGGAGCUUAUUUCAUUGAUGACAGGGUGGCGUUGGUGCCAGUUCCGAGGUCCUGAUGCUUGAGCUGAGUUUGGAAUCAUGGGUGGAGAUGCUGAGAUGGAAGAGCGUAUGGGAUGACGGUCGUAGGAAGCCCUGGAAGUUUGGACCUGUACACCGUCCUCCACUGAUGCAGAGAAGCCCCAUGGAGUCACUGAGUGUCCCGCAGAGACAUACUCUUCCCCAGAGGGACUGCCUGUGUCUUCAUGCAGCCAUGGACCUGGAUAAACCAUCUGUCUGGGGCUCAUUAAAACAGCGGACCAGGCCUUUGUUGAUCAACCUGAGCAAGAGGAAGGUGAAGAAGACCUCGAGCAAAGCCCUGGACUUACGGGCCCAGCAUCACCUGGACCGCCGCCUGAGCCUGUCCGUCCCAGACCUCCUGGAGGCUGAGGCCCUGGCCCCCGAGGGGCGGCCUUACUCCGGCCCCCAGUCAUCCUACACCUCGGUGCCCAGCAGCCUGUCGACGGCCGGCAUUGUUCCCAAGAGCAGCAGUAGCUCUUUGAAACAGUCUGAAGAAGAACUGGAUUGGAGUCAGGAGGAAGUGGGCCCCUUCCAUGUGGUGGAAACAGACUCCGAGGAGACUUUCACCUCUCCCACGGAGGACAGGAGAGCUUCCAGCAAUGGUACCUUUGGUCUGCUCCAGAAAACGCCCCCUGGAGAGGAUGCCCCUGAAGGGCCAGAGAAGCUCUGUGGAAGUGGUGAUCUGAAUGCUGCUCUGACAUCUCAACAUUUCGAAGAGCAAUCUGGUCUCAGGGAAGCUGGCGAUGGCUUGAGUAACCUGCCCAGCCCUUUUGCCUACCUCCUCACCAUCCACCUGAAGGAAGGUCGGAACCUGGUGGUCCGGGAUCGCUGUGUCCUCUUUGAUACGCAACCUCCGGCUCUCAGAGUCCUUGAAAAAGAACCAACUCUGGAACGGGAUUAUAAGUAUAACUUUGUUGGAAGGAAGGAAUGUCUCAGGCGGAAGCAUGGCAGAGAUGUUUGUCCAGUUAAAACUGGGAGAUCAGAGGUAUAAAAGUAAGACACUGUGUAAGAGUGCAAAUCCGCAGUGGCAGGAACAGUUUGACUUUCACUACUUCUCUGACAGGAUGGGCAUUUUGGACAUUGAAGUGUGGGGAAAGGACAGCAAAAAGCACGAGGAACGUUUGGGCACGUGUAAAGUGGAUAUCUCAGCCCUCCCACUCAAGCAAGCCAACUGCUUGGAGCUGCCAUUGGAAAGCUGCCAGGGGACCCUUCUGAUGCUGGUCACCCUCACGCCCUGUUCAGGGGUCUCGGUCUCAGAUUUGUGUGUGUGCCCCUUGGCAGACCCCAGCGAGAGAAAGCAGAUCGCCCAGCGCUUUUGCUUACAGAACUCCCUGAAAGAUAUGAAGGAUGUCGGCAUUUUACAAGUGAAAGUUUUAAAGGCGGUAGAUCUCUUAGCAGCAGAUUUCUCAGGGAAGAGCGAUCCCUUUUGCUUGUUGGAGUUAGGAAAUGACCGACUUCAGACACAUACCAUUUACAAAAACCUCAACCCUGAGUGGAACAAAGUUUUUACAUUUCCCAUUAAAGAUAUCCAUGAUGUUUUGGAAGUGACAGUGUUUGAUGAAGAUGGAGAUAAACCUCCUGAUUUUCUUGGAAAAGUUGCCAUUCCCUUGCUGUCAAUUCGAGAUGGACAAACAAACUGUUACGUACUGAAGAAUAAAGAUUUAGAACAAGCUUUUAAAGGAGUUAUUUACUUGGAGAUGGACCUCAUAUAUAAUCCGAUCAAAGCAAGUAUUCGGACCUUUACUCCCAGAGAAAAGAGGUUUGUUGAAGAUGGCCGCAAGCUGUCCAAAAAGAUCUUAUCCAGAGAUGUAGACCGAGUGAAGAGACUAACCAUGGCUAUAUGGAAUACAAUACAGUUCCUUAAAAGCUGCUUCCAGUGGGAAUCCACGCUGAGAAGUACAGUAGCAUUCGUGGUGUUUCUCGUUGCUGUCUGGAAUUUUGAACUCUACAUGAUCCCUCUGGCUUUAUUGCUCCUCCUUGUCUACAAUUCCAUCGGUCCCACAAGAGGGAAGGUGGGCAGCAUCCAGGACAACCAGGAGAGCCCUGACGUGGAUGAGGAGGAUGAUGAAGAUGACAAGGAAUCUGAGAAAAAGGGCUUAAUUAAAAGAAUCUACAUGGUACAGGAUAUUGUCUCAACUGUUCAAAACAUCUUGGAGGAAUUAGCCUCUUUUGGAGAAAGAAUUAAAAACACAUUUAACUGGACGGUCCCGUUCCUUUCAUUCCUGGCCUGUUUGAUGCUGGCAGCGGCCACCAUCACGCUGUAUUUCAUCCCGCUCCGGUACAUCAUUUUAAUCUGGGGCAUAAACAAAUUCACUAAGAAGCUUCGAAACCCCUAUGCCAUCGACAAUAACGAGCUUCUGGACUUCCUCUCCAGGGUACCAUCUGAUGUUCAAAAGGUGCAGUAUGCGGAGCUGAAGCCGGGCAGUAGCCAGAGCCCCGUUCGGAAGAAGCGCAGCGCGCUCUAGGACACACCCUGACUCUGGACACCAGCAGCUGACGGCGUGCUGGACUGACGAGACCGGUGUUCUCUGCCAUUCGGUGGUAGCCGUGGUGUCUUUCUGAAAUGCGUGCCAUGUUGAGCCCUGUCUUUACCCUCCCCAUCUUCAUGGCAUAGAUGCAUGUGCCCACGGGCGCAUCCGUGUGCAGGGGUAAUCAACUUUGCAUCUGGAGUCAGCCCAGUGAAAGGAAACACUCCAGAGACUGUAAAAGACUAAAAUCCCUUCUUCUAACAGGAGACUAAAGCAAGCUUCCAGGGGUCUCAGCACCCUCCUUGAGAACAGCCAGGAUGCCACUUGGAUGCAAGCGUGACUUUGAACUUGUUUUCAGAUCUCUAACAGUUUCACAUCAAGAUUCAGUUACAUUCGCUCGCACCCCCGCCCUCCUUUCAAAUGAUUGCUUUUUUUUUUCCUCUGAGUUAACAAGUCCUGGAUAGCCACCAUCUACCCAAAUAAUGUAUAUUAUAAAUAGAUUUUUUUUUAAUUAUUACCUGGAUCAUCCCAGUUCUUUGGGGGUCUUUCAGCCAUAACAACUAAAGACCUAGAUGUAAAAUUUCAGUAAGCUGCUUGGUGCUGGAUGCCAGCCUGCCUCCUGGUCCAUUGCUGGCAAUGGAUGCUCUAGAAUGUUCGGAGAGAUCAUUCGCCCAAAACGUGAAGGACUCAGUGAAAAUAUUUGGGUGCUUCAAAUAGCCAUUUCUGCUCAUGUUACUUUUUGCUUAUUUCCCAAAUGUAAUCUCAGUAGUAUAGCUUGAGAAAGAGUGGGGGGGGGUGGUGAACAAGUGAAUUCUGAGAGUAUUUAGAAAGAUAGACUGAGGAGCAAGGGACCAAUGAAUGUGGCUGCUUAUCUGAAUGUCAUAAUCCCUUCACUUACCUACACUUUUAAGAAAGUAAAAAUGCUGUAGCAAUCCACGUGGAUCUUUUGUUCCUAAGCAAAAUAAGCUACACAUAAUAAAAACAUAUAUCUCAGAACCCCAUUCCUAGAAAGGUACAAUCCCCAAAGUCUUUUUGAGUAUAUACUUUACCAUUUCGCUGUAACCUCCUCCAAGUAAAUAUCCCAGUUUUUGUGCAUAUAUAAAAUGAAUGCAACUACCUUUCUGUUCAAAUGAUAUUUAAGUUGUAAAGACUAUAUUUUGUUGACACAUACUUUGUAUGUGCAGUUUUAUAUGUAUAUAUCUAUAAAUAUAUGUAUUGUAAAGAAAAAUUCAAGUAAAAAGAUCUGAUUCAAUAGUGA